AUGAAGACCUUCUGCGCUGCUGCUGGAUUUGUCAUUGCCGCUGGGCUCAUGCCGUCUACGGUGCAGGCUUCCGGCGUCGUCACUGCGCAGCAACAAAUCACCUUGUUCAACCCCGAGGACUUCGUGUUCAGCCUCGGCGGUCCUGAGCCCGAUGCACUGGUGGACGGCUUCCAGAUCCGUUUCGUCAACGUGAACCAGCUGCCGGCUCUGGACGGACAAGGCAUCUCGAUGGCCCUUGUGAACCUCGACCCAUGCGCCAUCAAUCUGCCUCACAUCCACCCGCGUGCCACGGAGGUGAACGAGCCUGCAGCGUUCAAUCGACGGUUGUUUCCUAAUCCGCUGCCGUGCUGUACUGCUGUAGCGCUAUGUAAUUCUUGUGAAACUCCUCUCAUUCUCGGUUUCGGGUUAGACUAA